AGGAAGGAAGUGCUACAGGAUGUGAGGAAGCCAUGGAGAGUGCUGAGGUGACAUGCUGUGUGGCUAUGGAGGUGGCUGAGGAGAUGCUGAGAGAGAAGCCCGAUCCUGCUGCAAUGGCCCAGCAAAAUCGAUUACAUACAUUAGACAUGGACCUGAAACCGAGGAUAAUGUGAGAAUGGUGUGGAUUUUACUUCUUCUAUUGACCUUUGGUAUGCCGGCAGUAUAUUGCGGAAGUCACACUCUAUACUAUCAAAUCACGAUGACAUCAGCUCCGACCCCUGGGGUUCCUCAGUUUUCAAUUAUUGUCUAUGUAAACGACAUCCAGUAUGGAAGGUACAACAGUGACAUUGGACGAGCCGAGGCUUUGAUUCCAAUUUCAUCAAUUCCAUUUUCAUCACUCUGGAUGGUUUCUGAGCAUAUGGAACAUCAGACCAAAGUUGCCCAGGAAUAUGAAAUUGCGCACAGACAGAGGCUGCAUUUUCUAAUGGGAGUGUUUAAUACAACAAACAGUAAUGGAGAUAUUCAUGUCUACCAGACAAAUAAUGCCUGUGAGCUGCAUGAUGAUGGCACCAUUAGUGGAUACCAGGAGAUUGCCUUUGAUGGGAAGGAGCUGUUAGUGUAUGAUAAGGAGAGAGUGACGUUUGUGCCUGUGACACAAGAGGCUGUGAUGGUGGCUCAGCUGUGGAAUAAGCGUUAUGAUUCAACUUAUACUAAAAUAUUCAUGGAAAUUGACUGCAUUGAGCAUAUGAAGAUGUACCUCCCUUAUAUAUCAACUGACCUGGGGAAGAAAGUCCCUCCCAAUGUGAAGAUUUCCAGCUCAGAGUCAGAGAGUGGUAUCAAACUGCACUGCUGGGUGUAUGGGUUCUACCCCCGAGAUGUGGAUGUGAAGUGGACAAAGAAUGAGACAGAUGAACUUCCUUCAGAAGAGUCACCAGAGAUCCUACCAAACCCUGAUGGCACCUAUCAGAUCAGAGUCAGUGUGGUGGUAACACCAGAGGAGGGUGCCACUUACUUCUGCCAUGUGAGUCACAUCAGUUUGGAGGAUACACUGGUUGCACCCUUUGAACCCAACAAGAGAAGCCAUUUGUGCAUCACCGUCCCUGCCAGUGGGAUGUUGCUCCUACUCCUCCUCCUGAUUGGCCUGGGAGUAUUUAGAUUCAGCAAGAGUAUGACAAAAGAUCCCAAUGGCAGCCAGAGUGUGAGCACAGAGGAGAAAGACUGAAAUUCCCAGGCUUUCCUACCACCAUUAUGGAGGGUUCCCUGGUUAGAACAAUGUGUAUGCUGAAGUGUGAAGGGGUUCU